GGCUAUAUUGUGGGCGUCACUCUGGGGGAAGGCUCCUAUGGCAAAGUGAAAGCAGCCUACUCUGACAGGCUGGAAAGCAACGUGGCAAUAAAGAUUAUCGACAAGACGAAAACUCCUCAGGACUUCCUGGAAAAAUUUCUCCCAAGGGAAAUAGCUGCUUUGAAACAUAUGAACCACCCCUCAAUUGUCAAAACCUACGAGAUAUUUGAAACAUUCGCAGGCAAAGUGUACAUCAUAAUGGAGCUGGGGGAAAAGGGAGACCUUCUGGACUACCUCAAGAUUACUGGAGCAAUGAAAGAGAACGUCGCUCAGAGAAAGUUUCAGCAGUUGGCUUCUGCUAUCAAGUAUUGCCAUGACAUGGAUCUUGCUCACAGGGACCUGAAAUGUGAAAACAUCCUUCUCGAUAAAGACCUCAACAUCAAGCUGUCGGACUUUGGCUUUUCCAAACCCUUAACUCGGGAUGAAAACGGGAAAAUUAUUCUCAGUAAAACCUUCUGUGGGUCUGCUGCAUAUGCAGCCCCCGAAGUGCUACAGGGCAUUCCUUGUAACCCCAAGAUUUGCGACAUAUGGAGCUUGGGGGUCAUCCUAUAUAUAAUGGUCUGUGCAUUAAUGCCAUUUGAUGAUUCUAACAUCAGAAAAAUGGUCUGGAUUCAGAAACAGCACAGGAUUCACUUUCCCAAGUCCAGACACCUGUCUCUAAAAUGCAAGGAUCUCAUUUACCGCAUGCUCCACCCAGAUGUGUCUCGGAGGUUGUGCAUAGAUGAAGUUUUAAGCCACCCAUGGUU